CCCAUGAGGGUGACGACGAUCUGAUCAUUUCUCUCAUCUUUCUGCCUCAAUCUGCCUCCCAAACUGCUGUGAAUCACAGAGUUCACUAUCCUACGCCAGCAGGCAGACGUAGUCACCCAAUCCAACCCAUCGAUAUAUACAACUUUCGCUUCCAGUCCCCUCUUUCCGUAUCGACUCUUUCACAACUCACGCUGGCAUCGAAGCGCCCGGUCUAUUGUUUGUUCGACAGCCACCUAAAUUACAUUACCAAUUUGGAAGAACAACACCAACACCCAGAAUGCCUCCACCACCUCCUCCGCCGCCUCCUCCUAUGAUGGGAGGUCCACCUCCACCUCCACCACCACCGGGAGGCUUACUGUCAAGGCCCCCCGCUCAGAAUAGGGUGAAGCCCCCCGCUACCGUAUCUAUGCCCGUGGAAUCCUUGGGCUAAAGCAAUCAAUUCAUGUUGCUGAUUCAUUCAUAGGGUGCUCUUCUCUCAGAUAUCUCCAAAGGAAAACAAUUGAAAAAGACCGUGACAAACGAUCGAUCCGCGCCGAUUGUUGGAAAAGUAAGCUCAGCAUCGGCGCCCUCUCCAUUAGCAGGCGCUCCAGCGGUGCCGGGAAUGUUGAGACCACCAGGAGGGGCACCACCAGUGCCAGGAGGAGCAGUAAAUAGGGUGCGAAGUAACAGUGAUCAAGGGGGAAGGGAAACCGGAGGCGCUUCAGGAAUAGAGCAACCCCCACAGCUCGGGGGACUUUUUGCUGGUGGGAUGCCCAAACUAAAAAAGCGAGGGGGAGGUGUUGAUACAGGAGGUAACUUAUACAAAAACAUCCUACACGAUAUUGAAAUUUCAGUGUCUAACUGUCACAGCGAACCGAGAUUCAUCAUAUACUUCAGAUCCCGAGUCAUCCUCGCGGACUUCUGCUCCAAAACCACCAACAAUGGCAGCUCCACGGCCACCAACCGCUGCACCCCCAAGACCUGGUGUACUUAGUGCAGCAACUACACCAAGUUUCCAGCCUUCGAUAGCAAAUUUAAGAAAAACUGGUCUCACGCCUGGGCAGAGACCUAUGUCUUCAGCAUCAAUGAAAGGUCCACCGCCUCCAAUAGGCAAAAAACCCCCUGCUCCCCCACCAGGAGGACGAAAGCCCUCUUUUCCAGUCCCUCCGCCCCCUUCUUCAGUGGCACCACCACCACCGCCCACAGCAGCUCCCCCAUUACCAGGCACCCUGCCUCCAGCAGCUCCUCGAUUACCACCACCAUCUCGUUCACAGGCACCACCACCCCCUCCGCCGCCAACCUCUCCGCCGCCAACCUCUCCGCCGCCAAUGACGAAUGGUCAAAGUCUUGCGAUGCAAGCUGCUAAACGUGCUGCAGGACAGGCUUCUCCAGCAGCAGCUCCCCCGCCUCCACCUCCCGCAACUAAUGGGCCUCCGUUUGGUGCCCUAUCAUCUUCAUCUUCCGCUCCACCUCCACCAAUUAGCAGAGUUGGUACCCAGCAAGCUCCGCGAUCGAUGUAUGAUCCGAGCUCUUACACAUUAUCUUCCAACGGGGGUCUACCGAAGAAUCCCAGCCCUAGCCGAGAUUCGGAGGCUUCAAGACGGGUAGUGAUCAACGACCCUCGAUGGAAGUUCCAGGACGAAUCAGUUUUACCCAAACCCAGAGACUUUAUUGGCGGGCCCAAAAAAUAUAGAGCAGGUCGGGGAAGCAGCGUGCCAUUGGAUUUGGCGGCGUUUCAAUAGAGUAGAAGUUGCAUCAAGAGCUACGAAGGAGGUUAUUGUAUCCAUGCCUUUUGUGCAUUUAGCGGCGACCAGGUACUUAGAUCAGGAUGAAUCACGGCCAGGAAAGGAGUAUGCAGUGGGAAAGGUUAGGUAUGGCUUACAGGACCCCAAUGAGGGCCCCAAUAAAUACAAAGAAAUUUUGAAUGUGUUCAUUUGA